GCCAUCAGAUCAUCAGUUUCUGAAAUACUCAGGUCAGCCUGGCACCAAGUCCCUUCAAUCACCUUUUUUCUUUGUGCAUUCUGAUAUUUAAACUUCAGUAGUGCGUCUUGAUUGGGUCUACAUAGCUAAAGGGAUUAAGUUGCUGCCGUGUCAUUGGCUGAUUAUAUACUUGAACACCUAAUAAAAUGGUCUGUGUAUAUACACAUAUACGUUCAGACUCAGACAGGUGCCCUGGAGUCUAACAUUUGUGUGACUUCACACAAAUAUUAGGGACAUGUGGGUGUCCUCGCGACUGCAGCACCAUCUGAUGUCCUUACUUUCUUCUCUUGAGCUGUCAACUGUGUACACAGUAAGUCAGCUGAUGAGGGUUACUGGAGAUCAGUGGAUUAGUGUCCCAGGUGGUUCUCUAAGUGAUGAGUGAUACAUCACAAACUAAGUGACUGCAGCUCUGACCACACAAAGACACAAGGUGGACUGAGCAGUAUGGAUGGUGUACCUCUGAGGGUGCCUCAGAGUGCUUCCUUUCAGGAACUAAAAUAUUCUGUCAGUACGACUGUCCCUGACUACUUCAACAUCCUGCAGGAGACAGAGUAUGGAUUCAGUCUGGAGAACUGGGUGCUAACUGGGCUGCAAAGUGGCUUUGCCACCCAGCACCAGCUUAACCCCUCUUCCUCUUCAUCAAGCCUGCUGUCAUCUUGUCCACCAUACUGGAUGCUGUUUAGCAGCCCUGGACAGAGCCUGGACUUCUGCGAGCCCAGCCCUUGGCAGCGGUCCCACAGCCUCAACUCCUCCAUCCUGCGUACCAAGGCUACCAUCUCACCUUCACAUGACGAAGAGGGCACUACACAGAAAGCCAGGACGAGUUCCAUAGUGACAGUGAGUCCAGGGGAACAGCGUCCUUCUGCAAACUGUCAGCGUGGUCAGAGGAAAGCACAGAAGGCCUUUGUCCCUGACCUGCUGAACCCCCCGGCCUGUCUGAGCAGCCUGCCCCACCAGCGCAGAAAGAACCUGCGCCAGUGUUCACUGUCAGUGCUCGACACGCCCACACAACAAGAUCCCAACACAGAGACUUAUCCCCAGAGCGCUUCAUCACACACAGCCUCGGACACGAGGAUCCCUCCCAGCAGAACCAGCACAGCCAGCAUGAUAUUCAGACCAGACACCUGUAGAAACCCCCCUGUCAUGUCAGGCCCCAGGGGUUUGUCCUCCUCUGCUUUGGACUCUACAGCAGAACUCCUGUCAGCUCUAAACCCAGCGGAGAGAGAGUUGCUGGAGGCCAUCACUGCAAGGGGCUACUCUCUUCAUACUGCCAUCACUGCCCUUCAGAGGACAGGACAGCAGACCCCUGAUGAGAUCUUGAGUUAUCUGGUGGCGUGUGACCACUUGUGUCAGCUGGGUUAUGACAUGUCCCAGGUGGAAGAGGCCUUGGAGAUGUUUCAAAACUGUGAAACAAAGGCAAAGGAGUUCCUACACCUGCUGAAUCAGUUCAAUGAGAUGGGCUUUCAGAAGAAUGCCAUCAAAGAAGUGCUGCUGGUUCAUGAAAACCACCGAGAUCGGGCCCUGGAGGAGCUGAUGAUGCGUGUGUCCUGAUAAAACACACACACUUUUCACAUUGAUAUCUUGCAGACAAUCAUCUGUAUUCUAAAAAUUGCCGUCAUAUCUGACCUUGUGCUGGUAUGAAACAACUGCACACAUAUAGUUGAUGCUGACACUGCAUUGUUAGAUGAUCUAUUCAUAUUUCUGAAUUAACCCAUAUCUUCUUUACCACUUUUUUAGAUUCAUUUUGGAACAAAAAUACUCUGAUUAAAGUCCUGCUGUGUCUAAAUUUUGAAGUGACGUAAAUAUUUGUAGUAAUUGUGAACAAACUUAUUAAAAGUGUGAAAUUAAUUUACACCAUGACCAUCUGUUUUCUUCAAGGACUGUGCAAUAAAAAGUGUAUAUUACAGGGUGGGUCCCACAAACAAACACGAUAA